GGCAGCGGCACGGAGCCCAGAGCAGCCGCAGCGCCCGCCGAGAUGCCGCAAAGCCCGGGACAGGUGGGCGCGGCCCCGCUGCUGCCGCUGCUGCUCCUGCUCGCCUGCUGCGCCGCGGCGGGCGGAGGUGCUCGAGAAUUACCUUAUGGAAUAUGGUCUGAACAGCAACUCCAACUGUGGAAUAAGAUAAGUGAUGCUUGUUCAUCCUUUCUGUCCACUGACUCUCGACCUCAGGCAUCUACUGCACUGAGGGAGCUUUGCUUUAUGGUCAUGGAGAUUCUACCAAAGCUUCAGGACCAAGAUGAAAAAGAUAAUACUAAAAGGUUCUUAUUUCAUUAUUCGAAGACACAGAAGCUGGGUAAUUCAAAUGUUGUGUCGUCUGUCGUGCAUCCGCUGCUGCAGCUCGUUCCACAACUGCAUGAGAGAAGAAUGAAGAGAUUCCAAGCGAACGAGGCAUUCCGAAGUCCUUUUGCAAAUCGAAGGAGAGGAUACUUUUUGUUCAGGCCACGCAAUGGGAGGUCAGCAGGUUUUAUUUAAAAUGGAUGCCAACUAAUUUUCCACAGAAACAAUGUAUGGAACACUUAAUGUACUAUAUUUUGGUUUUUUCUCAAAAACAAUCUUCCCUAAGUUUACUCUGUUGAAAAUUCCUGUGCUGUGAACAUUCUGAAUAAAAGUUAGUUGAAAUCACAAAUGUUUAAUCUGUUGAAAAUAAAAAGCAUC